AUGAAAAGCAUCAACUUUGUCACAGGAAAUAAAAACAAGCUCGCCGAAGUGCAGGCAAUACUUGAAGAUACCAUCGAGGUCAAGAGCGUAUCCGUCGAUGUCCCUGAGCUGCAGGGAACGAUAGAAGAUAUCGCAAGAGAGAAAUGUCGUAAAGCUGCUGAAGCAGUCAACGGGCCUGCAUUGACAGACGAUACUGCACUAGAGUUCAAUGCGCUUAACGGCCUACCAGGGCCAUAUAUAAAAUGGUUUCUCGAGAAGCUAGGCCAUGUUGGACUCAAUAAACUGGUAGAGCCGUACGAGGACAAGUCCGCUGUAACGGUUGCUACAUUUGCGUUCUGUGCCGGACCCGGACAGGAGCCAAUUCUCUUUCAAGGAAGAACUGAGGGCAAAGUAGUUCCUGCUCGUGGGUCAAACCGUUUUGGUUGGGAUCCGAUCUUCGAAUAUGAAGGCCAAACAUAUGCCGAGAUGGAUCCAAAGUACAAGAACACAAUAUCCCAUCGAUAUAAGGCGCUGAUGAAACUCAAGGCGUGGAUCGAAGAACAGAAACAGCAGCAACAGCUUUAA